UUUCUAAAUCAUUAAAAUUGCGCUUUAAAUUAACCGUUAACAGCGACACCGUGUUUUCGUGAUGUUUUCUUGAAACAGUAAAAUUGAAACUUUAAGCGACCCAGUUGAAUGAUAUCUGCAAUUACAAAUCUUGUAAGAUUACAGCCAAAAGUCAAAGGUGUAUUCUACCUGACUUGAAUGGCCAAAUCGUUACAGGUUUAACGUGCAAUGUUGAUGUCAUAUUCUAUGGAAAUGUGAAAUAUACUUCUUUGGUAUACAUUCCAUUUUAUUUGAGCGUUUUCAGUCUGACUACUACGUAUUUUUCGAAGACAAGGUGAAUCGAUUAUACGCUUUCAAACUUUCAAAAUUAUUAAUAAUACUCUGAUUCUUAGAUUAAAUAUCUCAACUCUUCAGAUACAAAAAAACUGUGUAGCCACCACAGUGAUGUGACCAACCCGGCCCACCGGCAUUUGGUCUGGAUUUGUGUAUGCUUUCUUGCUCACGAAAUUCUCAGACACGACUAGCACAAUGGUGCAUAGAAUCUUCGUUAGCUAGGAUAAAGCUUAAGUAUAAAGCUUUAGGUAAGGCUUUAGUAUUUCUAAAGCUGUUUAUGUGUAUCGAUCGCAGAUAAUUACUUCUGUGUGCUUGGUGAUCAAAGUUUGUUUGGUUGGUUUGGUAUAUUUCCAUACAUCAUAAUUAGAACAUAAAGAAACAAUAGAUGAUGAAUGGCGGAUACCACACGGAAAGCGAAACGCUUAUUUGUGGCCUGGACAAACUGUUUUUGGUCAGAAAGAUAGGACUUUCUAACCAAUCCAAAGCCACUCCUCUAAUGCCAUAUCUAUUCAGUUCCAAAUUAAAAUUUUAUGAUCAAUAGUAUCAAAUGCCUCGGAUAGGUCCAGAAACAAAGCAAUAGUACGAGAAGAUUAGUCUAAAGAAAAGCUAAAUUUACGAACAAGGUCAACUAGAGCCAUUUGGAUCGAGUAGUUUGCAGGAAAUCCAUACUGUGACUUAGUUAAGAUAUUAUUCUAUAUUAUGAAUUUAGAUGAUUUGCUGCCAGACGUUCUGGGACUUUAGAAGGAUUUGGUAGAAUAGAAAUAGGACGGGAGUUGGAUAUAGUCUGUGGGUCACCAGUUUUGAAUACAGGAAUUACUUCAGCAAUCCUGAAGUCAUUAGGCAUGGUUCCAGAUGUAAACGAUAGGUCACAAAUUUUUAACAGAGGAGAAUCAAUUUCAUGUCUAUAUUUCUUAACAAGGAAUGCACCAAAGUCAUGUCCAGAGCUUUUCUGGAUGGUAGUUUAUCUAUACAUUUUAAAAGUUCAUUUGCAGAAAUUGGAUUCAUAAAAAAUAAAUCAUUGAAGUCACCAACUGUAAAAUCUGUCGGACUGGAAUUGGUAUUGUGACGAAACAGGGGUAAACAUGAAUGCCAGUCUAAGUCAUGAAUUAUUAAGCAUUGCGUUGACCAAUCAGCGUUGCGUAGAGCACUAGGUCUGGGCGCUUGCGGCGUGCUUAGAGCGCGCACAAUCAGUUAGUGAGUUUCGCUGCUGGGUCGCAGAGUGGCAGGAUCGUGGAGGACGCUGUCUACCGUUCUGUGCUGUGACUGUGCGAGGUAUAGCGUGGGCGCUGCACCAGGGGCGGUGCGUGAGUGACUAUAACUGAUACUUGAGCCAAGUACAACUGUGCGUUGUGGCAGUCUCGUCAUGGCGGAAACGUCUCGGAACCCAGAGUCAAAAAUGAGCGCAAUGGAAUCAGUCACUGAGGGCCAGUCACAACCGCUGUCUCCCCUAAAAAAGAAACAAAUUGGUACCACCAAGGCUAUACAGCAAGAGGCAUGGUUGGGCCGAAAAUUGGCAAUGCGACGAGCUCUUACUCACUCACCUGUCGGAAUUGGGGAGCGACCAACAAAACUUCGAGAGACGUUCGGGCCUUUGCAACUGCCUUUACUCCGUAAACCAGCCCAACAGUUUCUCCAGCUGGAAGAGAAGGAUUUCAUUACACCCAAACUAGAGCUUGACAAGAAACGUCCGCUUUUCAUCUCAGAACAGAAGAAACAUACAAGUGAACUUAUGCAGAAGUUCUCAGUGAAGGAACCCCCUUCUCAAGAUCAGGAAACAGAGAUUCGUUCACGAGCAACAAACCUUCGAGAGAAGUUCGGGCGUUUGCGACGGCGUGGUCUCUCUGAAGCAGGCCAAGAGUCUCUCCAGCUGAAAGAGCAAAAGGAUUUCCUUACAACACACAAACUAGAGCUUGACAAGAAACGUCUGCUUGUCAUCUCAGAACAGAAAGGAUAUACAAGUGGGUCUGUGCUCAGAGUAAAAAGGCAAGCUCUUUGGUCAGAAAAUAGGUUGGUGGCGUUGAAACGAGAACUUCUUCGCGAGGAAACACUGCUAAGUAAAUUGGAAGAAAAUAGACUGACCUCACUUCAGGGCAGGUCCAAGUCUGACGACAACAGCUCGCGCUAUGAGAUUCUUAACGCUUUGACAGAACUGAUGCAAGUACAGGAGGACUGGCCCCAUUUUCCAUUUUGGCACCGGAUUCUUGACUUCAGUGACUGUCAGUCACUCGUAUGUUACGAAAUUCUAGUUUAUGCCGAAACCUUCCUGUUUCUUUUGGAAAGUCAGGUAUGCAAAGGAAAACAAGCAAUCAAGUCUACCGACCAACAUAGUCGUGUUGAUAGCCUACGGCAAGUAGUUGAUGCCCAGCAGGAGCUGCUGAAUAUGCAAAAGAUGACGUACCAGAAGAUGACUGGUACCAAGCAAGAGAAGAAGACUCCUGGUCAAGGAGAGUCAGAGGAGGGAAAGAAGAAACUGCUGCAGAGAAUGUCUGUUAUCAAGCAAGAGGAAGGGACUUUAGGCCAAGCUGAAACUGUGGAAGGAAUUAAACAAUCUGCAGAUACUUCUAAACAGCUUGAACUCAUAUUAGAACAGACGCGUGUGUUAACUGAGAUUGAGCGAGAGGGUCUUUAUCGUACAAGUACAGAUCAAAAAAUAUUUUCUCUCAUUUCCUCCUCGUUCGAAACCACUUUCGACGCAAUGCUUCUACAAACAAACAGUUCAACCCUUAUGCUGGAACAUCUCAUGGAAACAUUUGAAGAAUUAUUGUGUCACUUUGAGCAGAUGCUAGUGGCCAUUCAUGAUAGCCGUCAUAUUAACUGGUGGGUGGUGAAGGUGAACAGCAAGUUAAUGCGUGCCCUGCAUCCUAUUGUCCGUGAAAUCAGGACAAGAGGUGAACUUUUGCAGAAGUUCUCAGUGAAGAAACCCCCUUCUCAAGAUCAGGAAACAGAGUUGGAAGAGGAUGGCCGAACAAGCCUCCUAACAUCUGCUGAAGAGCUGGCUAAGUUACAAUCACAGGAACAGCAAGAUUCAGAUAUUGGGCAAGAAACCGCGACCAAGCAAUCGAAACAUUCUGAUGCUGCCACAGUUGUACGUUUUGGAGCAUUCGGAACGAUAGCAAGGCAGCCAAACUCCAUGACACUGGAGGUUUUAGCCUGUCGUGACACAGAAGAAGCGAUAGAGGAGAUGUUCAAGUAUUGUCAAAACAAUUGUCUUCAAAUCCUGGACUUUUCUGGACAUCAAAUGAAGUUGGAUUCUCCAACAGACCUCUGCUUAGUUGUGAAAACCCUGGGGAAGAAAUGGGUGCUGCUGGACUCUACCAAGCAGACAGUGUCUAAAGAACAGCUAACAGAGGGCUUUUUUGGUAAGAGUAAAUGGCAGUUUCAGACAAGGCAGGACGAGGAAGACGCCAGAAGCCCUGCCAGAGAUGAAUUGUUGUGUGAAAUAGAAAUCAAGCCAAAUGAAGAAAGCAUAGCGUACUCCGAGGUUAAUACGGUGCAACUGUCUGUCGACUUUGCUAGCCUGGUGGAUUUCCCUACCUGCGAAUCAAACCCAGAGACCGUCACAUACAAAAAGGAAGAUACGCCCACACAAACUCAUCUGGAUAAGUUACUGCUUGACUACAAAGAACUUGCUGAGGAGUUGGGUGAGGAAUUCAUUAAAGAAAACACAAUGCAGCUAGAAAACUUUGCCAUUGGUUACUUCAACGAAGAGGGUGGAACAUUGAGCUUGAAUUCGCACAAGGUUCAACUCUACAUUCCUCGAGGUGCCCUGCCCUCAGACCGUAAGGAGCAAGUCUACAUAUAUGUUGACCCCAGCGAACAGCUUGAGGACGGCAACGAUUCACUGUCACCAGUUGUCAGGUGUGGUCCACCUGGUUUAAAGUUCACGGAGAGUGUCGUACUAUCAUUUCCGCAUAGCGCAGACAGCAGUGCUGACCUUAGUGCUCUGAUAUGUGAAGGGACCAAAGGUUGUCCCAGUGAUUGGCAACCUCUUGAAGAUGUUUUAAUCUCUUUCAAUGAAAACAAGGCUAUCUUGCUAGUUGACCACUUCACCAGAUUUGGCGUAGGGUACAAAUCGAGAAAGAUUCACAUCGCUGCAGCUUCAGAUUAUGUUCCGUCAAGUGGUGGCUGCACUGUUCGACUCUGCGUGUUCAACAAGUCUCCGCGAGACUUGGACGACUUCGCAGGGAAAACAAAGAAAGCAGAUCUUGUGCGCCACAAAGGACAUGUGUAUGUUGGAAUAAGGAACGUGUCAAAUGGAUAUGAAGUUCGACCCAAAGCCCGUAAGGUCUUUCAUUGGCAGCAGGUAUGGACGGUGUUUAAAAACACGACUACUUUCUACUUGAUCAGCUCGGCAUCGACAUUUAGCAUUCCAAUCUGCGAGGUGAACUGCUCACAGGAGGCCCUUCACAAUAAUCAACCGUGGAAAGGGUUUGACGUCUCCAUGAAGGUGACGCCAGGCUCGACAUCGCCCUCCGAACUAAAUCGAGUAUGCAAGGAGAACGCAACGUGUCCAAAUAAGCCAGCACAAUUAGCCGUUGGACCAGAAUGCAGCCCAAGUACAAGACCCUCGGAUCAAGAAUCAAUGAAACGAAAGUUUGCCAAAAAUGUGUUAGGGGACUACGGUGGCUUGUCAUCAACUGGUGUCAGUAAACUCUGUGAACUACUUGAGGCCAAUAGAGAGGGAGAGAGCUAUUGGCGAGCUCUUGCUACAGAUCUUUUUGGGCCGAGUGAACGGCUGAUACAGAAAGCUCAACUCAAACCAAACCCUGCGAAGGAGGUGCUGAAAGUGUACUUCGCGACAAAGAUUGAAGAUGAAGACGCAGUGGAAAACCUCACACAUGUUUUCAGACGUCUUGGAUUUGACGAGGAUGUCAUUCGCUCAACAGAAGAAGCAGACACAGUGUCUGAAAAUAGCGAGAAUGACGCUUCAAAAGGGAAUGUAGCGCUGCCGACGGAGUUGCCUUCAAAGGCCCCAUUUUGUGCCCAGUCCGAUAGUGUGUCGUCGAGAAAAAGUACAGACCAUGAAAAGCUUUUGCGUCAGAUAGCCUCAGAGCUAGGCGAAGAAUGGGAAAGACUAGCUACAACUUUGGGAGUCAGCUCUUCAAAGAUAUUCCAACUGAAAGAAAAUAACCGUGGAAAAAUUGGGGACGCCAUGUUUCAAAUGUUGCUGUGCUGGCAUCAAGGGGGCGGUCAGCUUGCUGACCUGGUGUCUGCUUUAGAUGACGUUGGCCGUAAUGACUUGGCUAAUAAAUUACAAGACGUGGCCAACAAUACCCAAGCAUUGCAAAGCACUCGAUCUUCUCAUGGACCAAGGCACACCCAAAAAGCAUACAAGCAAGGUAAGCCAUUUUUGUAUGGAGAGCCCAAAGGUAUCUUGCUAUGUAGGAGCAAAGAGGAAGGACACAGAAGGAGUUGCAACUCGGGCACUUCAAAGAGUUAAAUGAUGGUCGCUACCGAGUCAGACGAAUAAGAGAGAACAUUCCAAAAAUACCUGCUUACUGCCUGCAUCUUAGCCGGACAAGUGGGGCCAGUAAUAAAAAGGAACAGGAAUGUGGCGGCACAAGAAUCCUGGCCCAGAUAUAUGUAUAUUACUUUAUUUCUGUCCCAACGAGUAUGGGAUGGUAUAUGUAUAAGAUUAAAUUAUUUUUACAGGGAAAGUUUUUCUAUUAAAUAAAAAAGGCAGUCAAUAUUAGGUUAUCUGCAAGAGAUCUGCGAAAGACAAUACAAGAUGUUUCAUAAAUACAUGUACCAUUCUUCCUUCUACCUAUAUAACAUGUUUACAGGAUGAAACCAGUUCUUUUACAAAUAUUAAGGACACUUAAGUACACGCACACAUUACAACAUUUAAUUUGCAGUUUCGAUAAUGGUUUCACCAGAUUCAUGCAUGGUAGAUGAACAAUUUAGAAAACAACCCAACUAAUGAACAUGAAGGAUGUGGGACACAUACACCCAGUAUUAUUUAGUUUCUUAAGAACCUACCAACUACAUAGCUGAGACUGGCAAAUGCCAACAGCUACCAGCUGCCAGUACGGGUACUAUAAACUGAAAAUGUCAAGAUGCUGUAAGAUAAAAAAAAAGAAAUUUUGUAUGAUAUGCAUGUACAUUGUAUAGUGUUAUGUACAUAUCACUUCUUUAUUCUUCUAGAUAAAUCUAUCUAGAGACAUAUACACGUGGCUGUAAUUUGCUCAAAUAAUACACAUGUAACUGUCAUAUCCUUAGUGUUCCUAGGAACUUAUGAAAUCAAAGAAAAUGUGCAUAUGAUAACUUCAUUCUUUUAGAUACAUAUUUUACACAACUAAUAAUUUUCAUGUACUCCAAUUACAAGAAUAGAAGUGUUCAUAUGGACAGAGCAACAGAUAACCCAAGCCCUGAGCCUGAUGUGUGUCUGAUAUGCUGAUAUAUGCAUCUCAACUUCUCCAUGCAUCUUUAGCUUUUUUCUCUCAAUGGAUUAAAACACAUUGCAAAAGAGUCAAGACAGUGUGUACGUGCACGUGUAACAAGGAGGACUACUGCCCAACUCAUUAAUGAUCAAGCUAUCUCCAAAUGCACCCGAUGUUCAUGCCAUAUGCGAAUAAGGUAUAGAACGGUUGUAAUACGUUACAUGUAUCACACAAUUUGUUAAUUAGUAUAAAGAAAGUUCUAACUCACCCUACAGCUGAUCAAGAUUGCCAAUCAACAAGGUAAUGGCCGUACAAGUUAGUACUCCAUAAAGGGUAUGUAAUGUACAUGUAUGAGAGCUGGAGUACUAGAGACUUGAGUUGGCAAAUGAUGCUUGCUUCUAGGAGGCUCUGCAGCUGCAGAGUGACUCAGUUUUGAAUAUCUCCAGUAGUCACCCCAUGCCCAACAAAAGAGGGUGGUAGAGUACCAAGCUGCACAUUUUGGUUGAAUGCAGGGCAGAGACAAAGUUUAUUCAGAUCGCCAGCAUGGGUGCAUGCACAGCUGCAUAAAAUAUUGCUACUGCACACAACUGUCAAGAGAGUAUGAGAAUAAUGCAAUGGCAGAGGGCGCUCUAUUCAGCAUUGCUACAAGGUUUCAUUCAGUACAUGUUUAAUGAGUUACAUUUGCAAGACAGUGAAGAAACCAGGUGACUCAUGGUUGACCGCUCAUGCUCAAUAUGUGAGAAAAAAGAGAAAUGUCACAGGGAAGUGGAGGGACCAGGUGACCUAAGUGGGUCGACUGGUCACACACCCAUGGAGGAAUACUACAUUUCCAUUUUACAAAUAUCGAUCUAACAGGUUAUUUUCAGUUUGGAGCAGUUAAUUUUAAUUACCAAAGAUUCUCAAGCUUCCAGUUUUCUUUUUCUUCCAUGAAGGGUUUACCGACGGAAAGGAAAGAGGGGGAGUGAGUCACACGUUAGAGGGGGCUUCUUGUCAAGUAUGUUAAAAGUAAACCGCGGUAUCUAUGUAUUACACGUAUAAUAAUAAUUCCUCAAUCUAUCCUGCCUCAUUAUCUGCAUGAAUCUGCCGCACCAGCACUGCAAAUUUGCCAGUUUUAGACUAUUUUCAACUGUGGAUACCCUUUUAUUUCAUCAAUAAACAGGUUCAGACGUUUAAAAUUAAGAGAAGCUCUGGAAGGGUUUUAGUGAAACAUGUAGUUGCUAUUCAAAACUGAGAACUUCUUGCAUAAUUUCUGCUUCUUUUUGAAAAAAAAAUUGUAUUUUGAAAGUCGCACGUUGUUUUUCAGUAUUUUCCUCUGUUCAACUCUGCUUUAUUUUGUGAACAAGCACCACUCCUCUUCCAUUAGCUUAGAAGCAAGCUCGACAUGUAAGGCCAAAAUGGUCAGCGUAGACUUGUGGGAAGGUAAGAUUAAAAGGUUUUUUUGUAUAAUACAAUGUCCCAAAUCUGCCAAACUUGUUUGAUUGAUUGGA